CAAACAGCGCCUCUCCCUUUGUGGUUAGAGAGAAGAUGGCUCCCGUUCUGGAGAAAAAGCUGCUGGGCGCAGCCGGAGCAGGCGAUACCAUGGAGAAUAACAACGAAGACGAGGAAGGACAAAACCUAUGGACUUCCAUUCUUAGUGAGGUUUCAACACGUUCAAGUUCAAAGUUGCCAUCCGGGAAAAAUAUAUUGAUAUUUGGAGAGGAUGGCUCAGGGAAGACAACUCUUAUGGGAAAGCUUCAAGGAGCAGACCACAACAAAAAAGGCAGAGGGCUGGAAUACCUUUACUUAAAUGUCCACGACGAAGACAGAGAUGACCUGACGCGUUGUAACGUGUGGAUCCUAGACGGGGACCUCUACCACAAAGGCUUGCUCAAGUUUGCCGUGUCAGCCGAGUCGCUAGGAGACAGCCUGGCAGUGUUCGUGGCAGACAUGUCUCAUCCAUGGAGCAUCAUGGAGUCUCUGCAGAAGUGGGCCAGUGUGCUGAGAGACCACCUGGACAAGCUGAAAAUUCCCCCAGAGGAGAUGAGGGAGAUGGAACAGAAAAUGGUAAAGGCCUUCCAGGAGUACUCUGAGCCCGAGGACGCCAACCCCUCCUCUCCACAGAGACGCGCCUUGCCACCAGGGGGCGACGACGAGGGCGUGGUGCUGCCGCUGGGAGACAACACUCUGACGCACAACCUAGGCAUCCCAGUGCUUGUUGUCUGCACCAAGUGUGAUGCGGUCAGUGUCUUAGAGAAAGAGCAUGACUUCAGAGAGGAGCAGUUUGACUUCAUCCAGUCUCACAUCCGGCGGUUCUGCUUACAGUACGGAGCAGGGCUCAUCUACACCUCAGUCAAGGAGGAGAAGAACCUGGACCUCCUCUAUAAAUACAUGGUCCACAAGCUCUACGACUUCCAGUUCUCCACCCCAGCCUUAGUAGUGGAGAAAGAUGCAGUCUUCAUUCCAUCUGGCUGGGACAAUGAGAAGAAGAUUGGUAUUCUGCAUGAAAACUUCUCCACAGUUCAACCUGAGGAUCCCUUUGAGGACUUUAUUGUGAAGCCUCCUGUUAGGAAGUUGGUCCACGACAAGGAGGUGAAUGCAGAGGACGAGCAGGUGUUCUUGAUGAAGCAACAGUCUCUACUAGCCAAGCAGCCAGCCACACCAACCAGAGGAGCCUCAGAAUCUCCAGGACGGACAGCCUCCAGUUCCCCCCGGCCCAGUGGCCGAGCCCCCACCAACGUGGCCAGCGUCUCCCCCAUGACGGCCGUCAAGAAGCCUGACCCCAACAUGAAGGGAGCAGCAGCCAAUGAGGGCGUCCUGGCCAACUUCUUCAACAGCCUGCUGAGCAAGAAGACGGGAUCCCCCGGUAGUCCAGGCAGCGCCACAGGCUCCCCAGGCACACCGGUCCAAACCUCAGCCAAGAAAACAGGGCAGAAGCCGGGUUUGACUGACGUCCAGGCCGAGCUGGACAGGAUGACUCGCAGACCGGACGCCAUGGUAACAGCGGACAACACCCCCCCUCCCACGGAGAACGAGGCCUGAGGCAACAGCAGCCACAUCGUCCACUGCUAGGCCCUCCGGAACACCACACGCAUAAAGACAACACUCUCAAGACCCAACUCCUAACGUUUAUAUCAGUCAGCAAGCGGGAGGAGGGGGGGGCUUUGCCAAAUUGGGUUUGAGAUGCUAUGGAAUAUACAUUUGUGAGAUGGCUAGGGGAGAGAGGGAGAAAAAGAUGGAGAGAAAGAAAAGAGAUGUUGAAGACAUAGCUGUGUUUAUAUCCUUGUUUCUUCAAUUUGGAAAGGUUUUUUUGCAAGGGGGAUGUCAAGUUUUGGUCAUGUGCACACUCCCUGCUAGCAAUCCACCCCACCCCCCACCCCACCCCCCACCGCAGUGUGUAAAGGGCUGCCAUGGGGUCUCGUUCAGAUCAUUGUAUGGAAGGAAAUCGGUUGCGAUUAUAAGAUUUAAUUGUAAGCCUAAAUAUGUAUUAGUUCAAAAACUAUGAAAAUACUUGCAAGCUUAUGUAGUAUGUACAAAAAGGUAGAUCCAAUACUGAUGUAUUUAUAUGACAAUUCCUUUCUUUUCUAUACUCCUCCUGCAUCGCCUACCGGUUUCCAUGCCUACGCUGAGCUACAUGUUAACCUGUAAAAUGCCACUGAUGCCCUGACACUAAUGACAGUCAACAUGGCAGCCAGUAACCCACCAAGGUUCUGUAAAUAGAAGCUAAAUUGCAAUUCAAGCUUUUGGUCAAAUUUUGUGCAAAAUGCUGUAAUUGAAGAAGAAGAAGAAGAAGAAGAAAAAAUGGAUGACGUUAACGGUUUAAUUAGAAUUGGCAGGAGUUGAGUUAGCAGCAGAGGCUGCUCUGCAUUUUGGCUUGAGGCGUAUGCGAGUGAUUGUGUGUGUUUGAGGGUGUGUAUGUCUGCUUAGGGAGGGGUUGGGCAGCAUCUUUCCUACUAUUACUCCCAAGUGCCUGGCACAGCUGGUUGCUUGUGUCCCAGUAUAAGUGCUUGUGUGCGUCUGGAGGGAAAGCACUGUAGCACAAACAGUCUAAAGGUUUGGUCCUGUUCUGUCAUUUAAAGUAAUUUAUUUUUGUUUUAUUAUUAUUUCUUUUUUUCUUUUGUAAUACAAGCCUGUGGUCUUUUCAUAAUGUUUCAAAUGAAAUGUUCUUUUUUUCUGUGGCCUAGAUAACGUUCAUAGGAGCAAAAGAUGAUGCCUUUACCGUGUUUGAAACCAUCAAGGUUUCUUGUACCCCCCCAGACCAACACAGACGAGCCUCUGACCUCUUACUCCAGCGGCCAAUCAGAGAUCAAUGGAACUAUGUAGACAUGACAUUUUUAAGUCCUGUCCUUUUUUUGUCCACCUCUCAUACUCUAGUUAGACAUGUUUUUAUGUAUGUACCGACUGUGGCUCGUCAGAUGAAACAUUCCCCCGCAUCUCUGUGGUGAAGCUGUGGAGAUGGUUCCCCUGUAGAAACCACAUCUGCAGCGCUUGUCGACAACGUUGACUUUGCCUUGUGGGCGUUCAGUUGAGUGUGGCUCCGCACCUGCCUGCUCAGGCCACACUAGUCCCUCUGUCUGCCUUCUCUCCUGUCCUUAAUGAGUUGUCUCACACCUAUGGUCUGUUGUUUUUGUUUUUUUUGCUUCAACAAUAUUAUCCACUGUGUAUGUGACUGUAUCAUAUCAGAUUAUCUGUAAAAUUGCUAAAGUAAUGUAUGUUAUGAUUCUUAAUGACCAUAAUUCUAAUCUUGAUGGAAUAACUGCAGGUGAUUGGUUCUCGUCAGUCCCCUAGGUCUUCCUUAUUCUUUUGCUGUCAGGUUUCUCCACUGUCACGUUGAUUUUAAUGACCUUAGAAAGAAGGAAAACAAACAAACAAAAAAGGAGCAGCUACUGGACUUGCCAUUUAAAAAGCACCAACAGCUUAAAAACUGCAGAUGAUAGGCACCAGUAACCAAAGAUGCAGAGCAGUGGUGUUCAGUCAUAGUUCGAGGGGAAUCCCGGCCCAUCUACCUUAGGCCUGGCUACUGCAGCAGGACCUUGUCUCUGUUUUCUAUCUUUGUUGCUCUGUAAGGGAAAAACCACAAGAUCACAAGAACCCUUUUCACUCUGCAGUGACAGUUUGGUCUGGCAGUAGUUUGAAAAGGGUUCAUUUUGUUUUGCAUGAACUAAUAUGUUGUGAAAUGCUUAGGUUGUUAUAGAACCACUCUGGAAUUGUAUUCUGCUGGAGAUAGGUGCUUGUCACUGCUCUCCUCUUGGGUCAGAGAUUAGGAAACUGAAGCACAAUCUGGGACAGCUAAAAGGGGGUUUCAUUGGGUGAAUUAAGCACUUUUGAACAGGGAGGUUGAACAGCCCUUAUGUAACCUUACACCUUCCUUACUUUCUGCCUGCUUAUUACCUAAACAGUAUGUCAAAAAUGACAUACUGUAACAUUAACAAUGUAAUUACUUACCCAUGAGUUGACUAGUUUAUAGUCCUCAUGGUCAGUCUCCUGACCAAGCAUAUCUAUCUUUCUUCUAUCCAGAGAAGUUAUAACAGGGCACCCUAUAUUUUCAUGUGCUGGUCAUUCAGCGCUCUAGUUUUAGUCUGGGUUGAUUUUUCUGUGUAAAGAACGGAUGAACCAGAAUCCAGAACAGCUGAUUGGUUGUAUCCCAGUUCACAGGGCAGCCACAUUGCUAUAUGGCCGUUUCUUUGGCCAAGACCAUUAAAAUACGACCAGAUGUGUUACUGCCCUUGCUGAAAUAAAUAAUUCGCUACAGCGAGGAAAAUAAGUUUUAGGCAGUUUGAGUUUCAAUUUGCACUACUUUUUAUAAUACGAUUUACCCUCUCCCUAAGAUUAGUAACAAAGCCUGUAACAUUAAAUUCAACCAUCAGUUGAUAGGCCGCUCUUCAUUCUAGGACUAAUUGUCUUGUUGCAACAUACCCACGCUAGACCGAUACAUCUUUAUCUUCCAGGUAAACCCUAAGUACGACAGCCUGUGUGUACUGGUCAGGAUAGUAGGAGAGACUGCAGCGCACUGCAAUGUGGGAGCGCGCUUCUUGUGCCGACAAAGAUAAGGAAACGUGACUGUAUACCCUGGCUUCAAUAAAACAAAGAAUCCAGA